CUAUCGAUAGUAAUAAAUUUUUCUUCUGCACUCCAACAAUUAAUUUUGGCAGAAUUGAUUUGAAGAAUUUCAAUUUUUAAGAAAUUCAUGAAUCAUGAAUCUUGAAUUGCUUGAACAAUUCGGGCAAAAUUAUCCCGAAGAAUUUGACGGUGUUCUCGAUUGUUUUGCAACUGCUACAAGUGUUGCUUUUAAUCGAAGAGGCUCUGUGUUGGCUGUUGGUUGUAACGAUGGUCUUGUUUUUAUAUGGGAUUUUUUGACUCGUGGUGUUGCCAAAAUGAUUACGGCACAUGUUUUGCCGGUAACAUCAUUAUCUUGGUCUCGAAACGGAAAAUUGUUAGCCACUUCUUCCAAUGAUUGCUAUGUUUAUGUUUGGGAUGUUUUGAAAUCACAACCAAUAAUUAGAUGGCAUCUAAAUACAUGUGUUUCAUCUGUACAGUUUUCACCACGAAAUCAUCAUAUUCUACUUAUACAUUCCAUGAAGCAACCAUCACAUUUAGUUCAAUAUCAAAUUUCUUCCGACGGUACAGCUAAAUCGAUUGCUCAUUCAAAAAUACCUCACGAUGAAGAGUCGGAAUUCGAUGUAGUUUCAUCAUUCGAUCGAAGAGGAGAAUACGUGUUUUCUGGCAACACCAAGGGCCGAAUACAGGUGAUUCGUUUGGAAAAAGGCAGUAUAAAUUUUUCGAUCGUCACAUCCUUCAGGGUUUCGAACACUGCAAUCAAACAAAUAGAAUUCGCGCCUAAAAAUAAAAACAUCUUUUUGGUCAAUAGUGCCGAUCGAAUCAUUCGAGUUUAUGAUUCAGCCAGCAUACUUGCCAAUGAUUCUGCUAAUACCAAAGGACGAAAAGGAAAUAAUAUAACAAUGGGAAAUGAUUUUAAACUUGACCCAGAGCCUAUUCAAAAAUUACAAGAUUUGGUCAAUAGAACGAUCUGGAAAAAAUGUUGUUUUUCCGGGGGUGCCGAAUCUGAUUACAUUUGUGCCGGUUCUUCUAGACAGAAUUCUUUAUACAUUUGGGAACGUAAUGUUGGAACUUUGUUGAAGAUUUUACAUGGUACCAAAGGAGAAGUUGUUUGCGAUGUAAUAUGGCAUCCAAUACGACCGGUUAUUGUUUCCAUUGCAAGUGGAGUGGUGUCUAUUUGGUCUCAAGCUCAAAUCGAAAACUGGUCAGCAUUUGCUCCAGAUUUCAAAGAAUUAGAAGAAAACAUUGAAUAUGAAGAAAAGGAAUCUGAAUUUGAUGAUUAUGAUGAAGAUAAAGAAGAUCCGAACAAAGAUAUGGGUGCGACCGAUGAAGAAGAUGCCGUAAUCGAUGUUGUCACCCCUCACAGUAAUGAUGUAUUUCUUAGUAGUGAUGAGGAACAAGAAGAUCGUGAUGCAUUGGUAUAUUUUCCCAUCUCAGUUGAUAUGGAGAAUGUCGAAUUGGAUACGGGUGACGAAAACUUUUUCGAUGAAACAGUGCUAUCGAACGUUUCGAAUAUUGAAAAUAAUCAUCGAGAACAUAGACGACAAACAAUAACUCGUUCAGAUGUUUCAAGCAUUGAUCGUAAUAAUGUUUGUACGAUUCAAAUUUGAGCUAAAUAAUCAUGGAAAAAAAAUGUUAAACAUUUACUAUUACACAAUUUUUUUUUUUUGUA